AUGAGCGACGCUUCGUCUAUACCAUCAUCUCCGCACAUUUCCACGUCAGCAACAUCCCUGUCCCCGUCCCCAUCAUUAUCGAAGUUGACUUUGCAGCCUGAGGAUGUUUCUGAGGCGGCAAAGGCGGAAGCCGCCAAACUAAAGGCUCAGGCGAACAAGGCAUUCACCAACCACCAUUUCAAUGAUGCCGCCGACCUGUACACCAAAGCCAUCGAGCUGAAUCCCACAGAUGCGACUUUUUGGUGCAAUCGUGCUUACACGCGCAUCAAGUUAGAGGAACAUGGCUAUGGUCUUAGUGAUGCUAAUAUGGCGAUAGAGAUAGACCCGAAUUAUGCUAAGGCAUAUUAUCGGCGGGCGACAUGCUACCUACAGACGCUGCAAUACAAGAAGGCGAUAGCGGACUUCCGCAAGCUGCUCAGCCUGGAGCCUCAGAACCAGCUCGUUCGUACCCAGCUUGAUAGUACGCAGAAGAUCUUGCGGAAGACGGAGUUUGAGAAGGCCAUUGAAGUAGAGGAAGAGGCAAAUGCUGCCGAUAGAUGUUAUCAGAUCAUUUCCGAAGGCGGCUGUGAGUUAGACAGAGACUACAGCGGCCCUAAAUUGCCGCUCGUGGAGGAGGGUAAAUACAGUAUCAAUCACGAGUUCAUCACCGCUAUGAUCCAGUGGUUCAAGGAUGGUCAUUCCCUACCCAGAAGGUAUGUCUGGGAGAUCAUAUUGAAUGCACACGCACAAUUUGUCAAAGAGGAGAGCAUGGUAAAGCUCAAUUUGGAGGAAGGUAUGACCUGCGAUGUCAUUGGGGAUGUCCACGGUCAAUUUUAUGACUUGCUCCAUUUGUAUUCUUUGACCGGGGAACCAUCUGAGAAGCACUGUCUACUUAUGAAUGGCGACCUCGUAGACCGAGGUUCAUGGUCAAUUGAAGUCAUCGUCACUGCACUUGCAUAUAAAUGGUUGUAUCCGAAAACCAUGUACAUCAACCGUGGUAACCAUGAAACAAAGGAGAUGAACCGCACUUACGGAUUCGAGGGCGAGGCUAAGCACAAACAUGGUGAACAGACGUAUAAGCUGUUCGCACAUGUUUUCACUGCAAUGCCCCUCGCGACCUUAAUUUCUGCUACCAAGCCACCAUCAGCACCUAAGGGCAGGGUGAUCCUUUCUCCCGAAGGACGAAAGCGUUACUUCGUUGUACACGGGGGUCUUUUUAGCAAGGAUGGGGUUACUCUGGAGGAUAUCCGCAAGAUUGACCGUAUAGGCCGCCAGCCGGGGCAACAAGGCUUGAUGUGCGAGUUGCUAUGGACAGAUCCGCAGGAGCUUCCAGGAAGAGGCCCUAGCAAGCGGGGUGUUGGUAUUGCGUUCGGACCUGAUGUGACGCGAAAAUGGUGCGAAGCCAAUGGUGUCACUGGAAUAAUACGCAGCCAUGAGGUACGACAAGAUGGAUUUGCCAUCGAGCAUGAUGGCCUGUGUACAACUGUCUUUUCGGCACCGAACUACGUGGACCAAGCUGGGAACAAAGGGGCAUUUAUCCGCAUUGAUGCUGCUGGAUCGCAAGAGUACACACAGUUCGACGCAAAACCCCACCCCCCAUUGAAGCCCAUGGCUUAUGCCUCUGGCGGCCUGGCGAGUCUGCUGAUGUAG